AUGAAGACUUCUUCUAAACUCGGUUUCAUCCUUGGUAUCGAAGCAAUCUGCGGUGAUCUUGGAGUAAUGGAUAUCGCUCCUGGUGAUCUUCCAGAAGCUGUUCAGCCUUGGGAAGUCCGUCUCUGCGUUGACCAUCCUCUCGGCCACGACCGUGAGCUUGAUCCAGAGAAGGGCGCAUCUCUCGCGCCGUCUGUGAAGGAAGAGGGGCCUUCACUGGUUAGUAAGAGGCUUUUUGAGAAGAAGUGCUCGUUUUCAGCCGAGUAUGGUUGCUCGAAGCGAUAUUGCUGGACGCAGUGUGGAAAGAAUGGCGAAUGGUGUUGGACUGCUGUGUCCGGGGGCACAGGACCAUGGAGAGGGUGCCACAGCUGGCAGGACUGCGGUAUGGAUGAUAUUGAUUAUGGCUGCGGACGGAAUUGCAAGAAGCAUCCUGAGGAUCGCAAGUGCAGAUGCGAGCCGACUAUAGAGCACUAG